AUCGUUUCAGUUACAAGAUUCAUUCACUUUUUUCUAGGGAAAGAAGGAUUCUUUCGUUCUUCUCCUUCACUCGCUCAAAAUUCAAACUUGGUAGAGCUAUUUCUCACACAAACUGAGAAAGAAAGAAAGGGAAAAAGUAGAGGUGGAGAGAUGGAGUCAAAUGGUGAAAUUGAGAGCUCAUUGAGCAGAAGCAACGGCGGUGAAGAUCGGCGGGUGGGUUUGAUUUUUGAUGAGCGAAUGUGCAAACACUACGCCCCUGCCCCUGCUGAGGAGCAUCACCCUGAAUGUCCUGAUCGGAUUCUGGCCAUCUGGAGCCUCCUCAAUUCCUCUGGCCUCGCCAAAAGAUGUAUUAUUUUGAAGGCCAAGGAUGUGGAGGAUAAUCAUUUAGCGUUGGUUCACACCAAAAAACAUAUCAGUUUGAUCAAGAGUAUUAGUUCCGUUAACUCCGAGUCAAAGAGGUCAAGACUUGCUGCAAGGUUUAAUUCCAUAUAUUUCAGUGAAGGCUCAACUGAAGCUGCUUCUCUUGCUGCUGGCUCUGUCAUAGAGGCUGCAGAAAAGGUUGCUAAAGGGGAACUUGAUUCAGCCUUCGCUAUUGUGAGGCCUCCUGGUCAUCAUGCAGAGGAAGGUGAACCAAUGGGCUUUUGCCUAUAUAACAAUGUUGCUAUUGCUACAAGUUAUCUAUUGAACGAAAGAAGAGAUUUGGGGAUCAACAAAAUCCUCAUAGUUGACUGGGAUGUCCAUCAUGGAAAUGGUACUCAAAAGAUGUUCUACAAAGACCCUCGAGUACUUUUCUUCUCAGUGCAUAGAUAUGAUUCCGGGACAUUCUAUCCAUCUGGUCAUGACGGCUCAUAUAUCAUGACUGGGGAAGAUUCAGGCGCAGGUCACAACAUUAAUGUUCCCUGGGAGCAUGGCCGGUGUGGAGAUGCGGACUACCUUGCUGUUUGGGACAACAUAUUGAUUCCUGUUGCCAAGGAAUUCUAUCCCGACAUGAUAAUUGUCUCUGCCGGGUUUGAUGCAGCCAUAGGGGAUCCACUGGGCGGCUGUUGUAUUACUCCACAUGGAUACUCAAUUAUGCUAGACAAGUUGAUGGAGUUUGCUGGGGGAAAGAUUGUUAUGGCCCUCGAAGGAGGAUAUAAUCUGAACUCAAUUGCAACUUCUGCCCGGGCAUGUGUUGAUGUAUUGCUUCACGGCAAGGCACCUAAUGUUGUGUCAGAGGCUUACCCUUUUGCUUCUACAUGGCGCGUGAUACAAGAGGUGCGCCGAGAAUUAAGCACAUAUUGGCCAGUACUUGGUGGAGAAUUACCUGAGAAGACGAUAAAUAAAACAACUCAAAUUGCGGUCUUGAGCUCUGAUUCUGAAGGCGAAACUGAAGACAUUGUUCUCGCCGUACCAGAAGAAGUCCUGACUAUUGACGAUGUCAUACUACCUUUAUCUAACCUGAAAAUCGACUUAGAUAGUCAAGUAGACCAGGAAGCGAAAAUGAAACCUUCAUGGAGAUCAGAGCUUUCAAAAGUUGACGUAUGGUAUGCAACCUAUGGAUCAAACAUGAAAAUGGCGAGGUUUCGCUGCUAUAUUGAAGGUGGACAGAUAGAAGGAAUGAGGAGGCCAUGUGUGGGUUCAAUGGACAAAAGCAAGCCCAAAGGAAUCAUUUGGAAAACUUUCCCUCAUCGCUUGUUCUUUGCACGAGAGCGUACAGCCACCUGGGGUCCAGGAGGUGUUGCUUUCCUCCAUCCCAAUAGUAAUGCGCAGGAGAAAGCUCACUUGUGCCUCUACAAAAUUACGCUGGAGCAAUUCAAUGACGUGCUAUUUCAGGAGAACUCUUUGAAUCUGGAAACGAGUCAUCCUUUGUUUGAUUCAGCCGCUUUACAGACUAUUCAAACUGAAAAAUCCAUCUCGGUGGAGCUUGUGCAGGGAGGUUGGUACCAUAAUCUCGUGUACUUAGGAAACGAGGGAGGUACUCCAGUUCUCACAAUGACAUGCAGUCUCUCUGAUGUGGACGAUUUCAUGUCUGGCAAGUUCCCGAUCAAUCCACCAUGCAAGGAGUAUGCUAAUACCUUGAUCACAGGGCUCGUUGAAGGGGAGCAGCUAUCGGAAGAGGAAGCCUCCGCUUACAUACAGGAAGCAUCUUCCAAACCUCUGUGAACCCCUCAUCUGUGCAUAUCAUUAAAUUCUUGGCUAGAUUUUGUGGUUUUUGGCAUUUCUUGUGCAGUUUUAGUGAUUUGGCCAAGUUAUUGGAAUUGCCAUGAGUAGGCUGUGUAGUGAUUGCUUUAGAUCAUGGCAGUUGUGAUUUUAGGUUAAGCUUUGCUUUGUUAGGCCAACCUUUUCUGUUGCUGAUUGCUAUGGUAAAACAUAAUUCAUUACAAUAUUAUUAUUAUUAUUAUCAUCAUUAUUAUUAUUA